UGCCAUAAUGUCCCCAUCGGUCUGUAGACACUGACGGCUUUACUGACACCGUGCAGAGGGAAGGCAGCUGGAAGCAGGCCAGCUAGCAUGCAGCACUGGCCCGGCAUUUCAGGGAGGUGGCGCUGCUGAGGGGUGAAUGGUGGGCGGUGAGUGUGUGUCUGCUGAACCGGCCAUGGAUGACUUCACCACCAGGACGUACGGCACCAGCGGCCUGGACAACAGACCUCUGUUCGGGGAGACCUCUGCUCGGGAUCGAAUCAUCAACCUGGCAGUGGGGGGAUUUACCUCUCUGGUUGUUCUAGUGACUGUGAUCGGUUCAUUUGUGUUCCCCUCGUUGCCUCCACGACCGCUUAAUGUCUUCUUUGCCGUGUGUAUCCUGUUAGCCUGUGGAUCCACCAUAGUGCUGAUAUUCUGGUACCGGCAGGGCGAUCUGGAGCCCAAAUUCAGGAAUCUGAUCUAUUACAUGCUGGCGUCCAUCGUGCUGCUGUGUCUAUGUGCCAACCUCUACUUCCAUGACGUCAGGUAAAGACGAUGGUGAGGAGGAAGAAGAAGGGAAGACAUGGCCUUGACAGACAGAAAUACGCGUGGAAGGACUAAAUUAUGGACCAACAGCGGAAAAAUCACAUGACCAAAAAAUAAAUUAAAAAAAAAAACAAAAAAAAAACUAAUUUUACACACUAACUUGAAUGGAUUUCCCACUUGACCUGCAGAGGACUCUUGAACCAAAACCAGUGAGACUUAAUGGUUCCAGCGAGAUGAAAACUGUCUCGCUGGUGCCGAAUCGCACACAAACACACACACACACACAGGACUUCACAGUGUAGAGAUCAUGACGUACUGUAAGAGGCCAUAAAUCUGCCUGGAGACAGGCUGCUGGAGGAUGAACUUUGAGAUACAAAGGUGUGUUUACAUGCACAUAAACAUCAUCAUUAACCAUCAUUAAUCAUCAUCUACAGUCACAUCCUGAAGCACUUAAAUUUUAGAGGAAGUACAAUGGUUUUGAUAUGAUGGGGAUCCGAUGAUGCAACAGUUAAAGGAAGAAUCUGCCCUGUCAUCCUGUUACUGUAGCUCUCAUUUGUCUGUAAUGUUAUAUUAUUAUAAAUUUGGUGUCUUUUACGUUUUCUUGGCCAUCAAGUACCUGAUUAACUAUAUUUCUAUCUUUAAAGAACAUUUCAGGGGCAUAUUGUUAUAAGACACAAGUUGUGUUCUAUUCCAAGCACCACUUCCUUUAAAAAUGUGUUUUUCAAGAGCAGUCUCCAAUAAAACGCCUUCUGAAGCCCCAUUUGGACGGAAUUAACAACACCGGCGGAGGUGGGAAAUGAAAUAUUCACUGUGCUCAGUGGUAAUUGAAGUUAUCGGUCUGAACAGCAUUAUAACCAUCAGGAAACGACAGGAUAUGCUCCGUCAACUAUCCAGCGAUAGUUGUGUGUACAUCACGGAUACGCUGCAAACGGGAACUGCUAAUAGCAAACUCAGCAUAUUUUUAACGGGCACAAUUGAGCAGAAGGUAUACAAAUAUAAGCUUAAAAAAAAAAAAAAGCAGGGGUCACCGGUGCCAUCCUCUAGCUGACCUUACAACAGCUCAUUUGAUGAGCUUUUACGGGGUUUUACUCUCCUGGUGGCUUUAAUUUUUUCGUUGUCGUCAUAUUGGUUCCCACAUCGUCCUGUAUGUUGUGUGUUAGCAGGUUUCCAUCUAUCAGAUCAGCAAAAACAUUGUUGACUUCCUCUAUUUUCACACAAAAGCCAAAUUUGCCUCUGAGCUGACUUAAAAAAAAAAAAAAA